AGGUCAAUACUUGUUGAGAUCAAUAGAUGUCCAAAUUCUGCAGCAGCUGGUGGAGUUGGUUUACUGUCUAAUGAGGGGAAUCACCAAACCAUUGAUGAUGAUUUGGAAAGUCAUCUUAAUAUAGAACAUUUAUGGAAUAAUGUUGGAAGGUCAAUACUUGUUGAGAGCAAUAGCUGUUUGAAUUCUGCAGCAGCUGGUGAAGUAGAUUUACUGUCUAAUGAGAGGAAUCACCAAACCAGUGAUGAUGUUUGCCAUGGUAUGGUAUCUAUUAACGAUUUGGAAAGUCAUCUUAAUAUAGAACAUUUAUCAAAUGAUGUUGAAAGGUCAAUACUUGUUGAGAUCAAUAGCUGUACGAAUUCUGCAGCAGCUAGUGAAGUAUGUUCAAUGGCCAAUGAGGGACAUCACCAAACCAGUGAUGAUGUUUGGCAUGGUGUGGUAUGCAACAUCUGUGAUUUAUUAGUUGACGAUUUGGAAAGUCAUCUCAAUAUGGAACAUUUAUCGAAUAAUGUUGAUGUUUCCCAUGAUAGUGAGGAAGAUAAGCAGGGGCUAUGCAUGUAUUGUGGACUAAAUGUGGAAGAUAUCAUUCACCAUCUUAGAAUACAUGGUGAAAAUCAAGCACCAGUAGUGUCUGAGGUUGAGAAACAGACAAAAGCAAAAUAUUCAACAAAACAACACUAUUGUUAUUUCUGCAAUACAUUGCAAACAAAACUGGCAAGGCACUUAGAGAGGAAACAUGCUCAAGAAGUGGAAGUUCAGAAAGCCCUAGUAUUUCCUAAAGGUUGUAUCCGAAGAAGGUCAUUAUUAGCUGAAAUUCAGAAAAAAGGCGAUUUCAUCUAUAGUUCAAGUCAUGAGCCCAUCAGUGUUAGAAGGUGUCAAACCAAGUCCAACAACAGUGAAAAAAUACCAUGUCCCUUUUGUAAAGGGUUUUAUUCUAAAAAGAACUUACAUAAUCAUGUACGCCUCUCUUGCAAGAGUGAAGAGGUAAAAAAACAAAAUGUUCAGACAUUGAGUAGAGCCGUAUUACCGAAAUUGCAUAGAAAAGCUUCCGAUGCAUUAAGAAAUAAAAUAUUCCCUCCCAUGAGGGAUGAUGAAGUAACAAAAGCAAUAGCUUAUGAUGAACUUGUUAUAGUUUAUGCCAAUUUAUUGGCUUCUAAAUAUAGUUCUAGUGAUCAUCAUCACAAAAUGAUUCGUAACAAACUAAGACAUAUAGGAAGAAUAUUACUGGCGAUGAAAAAAAUCGACUCUUCUAUCAAAGAUGUAAUGUCCAUAUUUGAUGCAUCACAUUUUGACACUUUCAUAAAAGCGGUUCAUAUUAUAGCUGGGUUGAAAGAUGGAAGAUUCCAGACUCCCAGUUUCGGACCAUCAUCAGUUACACUUUUUUCACAAAUUGGUGAUGUAUUGCAAGUCGAAGCGAUAAAGAAAAAAGAUGAGCAACUUGAAAAAGAUACACAGAGGUUUUUAAAGCUCCUCACUACCACUUCCAAUUCAUUGAUCAAUAAAGUUGCCACAGAAAAUAGAACACAGAUCCAAAGAACACAGGUUGUCACUUUACCUAAAACUGAAGACGUGAGAAAACUUUUCAGUUGUCUUGAUGAAAAAUUGAAAAACAAUUUAGAAAAGUUGAAGAACAAUUUUGAGUUACAUUCUUGGAUAACACUAUCAAAGGUGACACUUGUUAAAGUGAUGAUAUUUAAUCGAAAGCGCCCAGGUGAUAUUGAAAAAUCAAAAAUCAUAGAAUUCAAUAAUCUUCAAAUGGUUGAUGAUGAAAUGAUGAACCGAUUAGAUGACAAUGAGAAACAAUACGCCACUUCGUUUGGUCGCUACAUAACUAGAGGAAAAUUGGAUUCUCCUGCUCCAGUAUUAGUAUCUAGAUUAGAUAUCCAAGCAAUUAAUAUGAUUUUAAAAUAUAGGGCUCAAGCAAAUAUUGAAGAAAGAAAUCCAUACCUGUUUGCAUCUCCUAUAGGAUCUGGUGGACCUUAUUACAAGGCUGGUAAAGUUCUAUCAGAUUUUUGUGUAUCUGAAAGACUUAGUACAAACCUUACUGCCACUAAGCUUCGUAAACAUUUAGCUACUGUGACUUGCACUCUCCAACAAUCAGAACAAUCUUUCAUAAGUGAUUUCAUGGGCCAUGCCAUGCAAAUUCAUAAUAAAAUUUAUAGACAACGCCCAGUGGUUCAAGAUGUAGUUCGAAUGGGAAAAUUUCUAAAUGAAGCAAUGGGAAUUGAAAUUGGCAAACAGCAUCCAGCAGUUCAGGGAGCAUUACAGAUGAAGACAUUUCAGAAUGACAAAAUGGAACACAUGGAGAAUGUUGGAGUUGCAGAAAAAAUUACUCAUGUUUGUGAAAAUCCUAGUACUGAGUGUGCUGAUGAAGAUUCAGACUAUCAACAUAACUUAUCAACAAUUAUGGAAGAAUCAACUGAUGAUGAUGAUUCAAGAAUUGAAGGUGUGAUCCGAAGAAAGAAUAUUUCUAGAAGACCAAUGUCUUCAACAAAACAAGGAUUACAGUCUGAAUGCUUGGAACAACUUUCAAAUGAAGCAAUGACUGUUCACACAAGAGAAAAUGAAGAAAAUGUAAGUGUUGCAGAAACAUGUUCUUAUGAUUAUAAAAAUUCUAGUCCUGGGUGUAGUAAUGAUGAUUCAGACUAUCAACCUGACUUAUCAACAAUUAUGGAAGUAUCGGUUGAUGAAGAUGAAUCAGAAAUAGAAGGUACAUUCCACAGAAACAAUAUUACUAGAAGAAAGAGGCCUUUAAGAAAGCAAAGAAUAAUUAGAAAAAGGGAGACUUGGACAACACCAGAGCGAAAAGCAGCAAGAGAAGUUUUUAAACAUUAUUUGAGUCCAAGAAACGAUGCACAACCUAGUCUUGAAACUUGCCAGGAGUUCAUCCAUGGGAAUAAAAACCUACAAAAUAGAGCACCUAAUCAAAUUCGUGCUUGGGUUAUUUGUGAAAAACGGCGAAUGAAUCGAAGCAGUACAAUAAAACAUGGUUGGAAGACCCCAGAAAAAGAAUUGUGCAGAACACAUUUCAAGAAAUAUUAUUUGACUGAAUCCUAUCCCAAUAAACAAGAACUCCAAGAGGCAAUCGACAAGUACAAAGAGUUGCAGCACACAGAUGUUGAUAAAUUGAGAAGUCAUUUACAGCACGACUUCAAAUAUCUGAAAAGGAAGAAGGAUUUGAAUUUAUAAUUCUGCAAACCCUUUCCUUGUAAUUGAAAUACUUCGAUAUUGAUUCAUUCAAAUAGUGGUUGAAAAACGGCAGUAUUUAUAUUGAUUCCAUAUGAACAGGGUGGCUGGAAUUCAAGCUUCAUCAUUGGAUCUCGUAAACCAUAAGAGAUACAGGGACUGUUAAAUCAUGGCAAAGUUGCGCAAUUUGAUGUCUAGAAAAAUGCUGUUUUGAAACUUGGGAGAUUCCGAAUACUUUGUGAGAUCGAAAAAAACCGAAAUUUCCUGAAACUAUUUUAAAUUUUUUUGAGGUAAUUUGAAAUAAAAAUAUCAAAAUGAAUGACACUUUAUUAUGGCAACUUUUUCUUUCCGACAAGAUGGCGUUCUCGAAAUGGAAAUCCGACGUUUUGUCUUCCAGAAACCACCAUCAUCUUCCUUUUUUGUAUUUGGACAUGAAUUUUUCAUUUAUUUUUUCAGCUUCAAAGCAAUGAUCUAUCACGAAUUUCGAUUUCCGAGUGUUUCGAUGACGAAAAUUGGCAUAAUAUUAAAAAAAAGAAAAUAUGCCUAUUUUUCUCAUCAAAACAUUUGAGAAUCAAAAUUUGGAAUAGUUCAUUGUUUUAUGGCUAUCCAAAGAUUACAAGAAAUGAAAUGUAUUCUCCUUGUUCCUAUUAAAAAAAAUAAGUUCAUAGUUUCUGGAAGACAAACCAUGGGAUUUCAAAUUUGGAAACUGCAUCUUGUACUCAAAACGGCAUUUGUGAGACAUUGAAUUGAGCAACUUUGCCAUAAUUCAACUGACCCUGUAUCUCUUACGGUAUACAUGAUCCCAAUGAGCUCAAAUUCUAGCCACCCCGUAC